AUGCACUUCUCUAACAGUCUUUUUGCCCUUGCCGGCCUGGCCGAGAUCGUUAUGCUUGCCAUGGGCCGGAUGCACGUCUCUUUUCCACGAGCAUUGAACUCCAGCGGCCAAGUCGCAGCUCCUCAGGACUUCCGAAAUGUGAGUGCCGGCAGUGGGCUGCUCCCCACGGGCACCUGCAAUGCUCAGACACCUUGUGCAAACGGCGCCUGUUGCGGCAAGGACAACCUCUGUGGUUACUCACCCAAGUCCUGCGGCACCGGAUGCCAGCACAACUGCGACGCCAAGGCGCAGUGCGGCCCCUACGCGGCAGCUGGUACGCAACGAUGCCCACUCAACGUGUGCUGCUCCGAGUACGGCUUCUGCGGCUCGACGCCCGAGUUCUGCUCGUGGACGACAUCGCACACGGGCGACCCCAACUAUGCCACAUGUAGCUCAGCGUACGGAAGUUGCGGCGAUGUCAAGCGGCCGUCCUGUGCGAGCGACCGGCUUGGAACGCGCAACAUCGGCUACUACGAGUCAAAGUGGCCCCCCGAGGACCUGAACCUCGACGGCUUCACAUCCAUCAACUUUGCCUUUGCCUUUUUUGACCCGACUACAUUUGUCAUUACCUCCAUGGACGCCAACGCAGCGUCAUUGUAUAGCCGGUUUACGGCCCUGAAGAGCAAGAAACCGGGCCUCGAGGCCUUUAUUUCGAUUGGCGGAUGGUCCUUUACGGACCCGGGCGCGACCCAGACGGCAUUCAGUAGGAUGGUCAGCUCUGCGGGCAACCGUGACGCCUUUAUCCGCAGCCUCGUGCAGUUUAUGGACACCUAUGGAUUCGACGGAGUCGAUCUCGAUUGGGAGUACCCAGGCGCCGACGACCGCGGCGGUGUGGCCACCGACACGGCCAACUUUGUGGCGCUGGCCGCGGAGCUGAAGGCGGCGUUUGGUGGCAAAUACGGCCUGACGGUCACUUUGCCCACGUCUUACUGGUAUCUGCAGCAUUUUGACGUCAAUGGCCUCCAGCCACAUGUCGACUGGUUCAACCUGAUGGCGUACGACCUGCACGGGACCUGGGACAACGCAUCCGUGUAUGUCGGGCCCUUUGUGGCGCCGCACACGAACCUCACCGAGAUCGACGCCGCGCUGGACCUCUUGUGGCGUGCCGGCAUUGACCCGGGGCACGUCGUUCUGGGCCAGGGCUGGUACGGCCGCAGCUUUACACUGGCAGACCCGGCAUGCAACACGCCCAACGGGGUAUGCCGAUUUUCGGGCGCGGCCUACCCGGGUCCCUGCUCGAAGGCUGCUGGCAUUCUCGACUACCAGGAGAUUGCGUCCCUUGUCGCCUCCCAACACAUGACACCUUCGUGGGACAAGACGGCCGGCGUCAAGUGGAUCACCUGGAACCACGACCAGUGGGUGUCGUACGACGACGCGGACACGUUUACCCAGAAACGCGAGUUUGCCGGGCGCCGCUGCCUCGGUGGUACAAUGGUGUGGGCCAUGGACCAGGUGGACCAAAAGGCCGACAAUGGCUUUGGCGGCGCACCGGCGGCCGCGAACGCCCAUGUCACGCCGGCCCAGCAACAAAGCGCGGCCGACGCGUCCGCCGACAUGCUAGCCAGCGUCAAGUGCUAUGCGUGCGACUGCGGCGGUGGUUGCAAGCCAGGUACCGUGCAGGUGGCGCAGUUCAACGGCCAGCCCGACCAGCUGAGCACCAACGCGCGCUGCCCCAAGAAGGCCUACCGCAGUCUGUGUUGCGACGCGGCGUCGACCAUGGGCACCUGUCAGUGGCGUGGUUACCGUGGCGCCGGGCUGGGCUGUCUGAAGGGUUGUGCGGCCGGCGAGACGGAGCUGACCACCAACACAAACCAGCACGACGGCAAAAAGGGCGACAAGGACUGCCAUGGUGGCCUGCAGAGCUUCUGUUGUGCCGGGUUCCGCCCGACCACGAAACGACUGGAAGACGAUCUGGCCGAUGCCGCCAAGGCGGCCGCAGAAGCACUGGCGCAGCAGGCGGCACUCGAUUUGGCCGCCAAGGCGUUCUGUCGCGUGGCCGUGCCGGCCUUGCUGGUGCCGUUGGAGCUGCUCGAGGACCUGAUUCCGAUCGUGGGCGAGAUCAUGGACCUCAUUGAGAUCGCUGCCACGCCGGCGAUCAUCGAGGGCUGCGUCAAGGGCAUCGAAAAGGCCGGCAAGGCCGAGUUCAAGGUGAAGCCCGAAGGCGUGCCAAGCCGGCCCGUGCCCAAAGACGGCGACCACCCCACACAGACUGCGGACAAGAAUGGGAAGAGUGACCGCUGCGAGCGCGAAACUAAGCGUUCCAAGACGCUCGUUGCGGCUGGGAAACCCACGAAAACGAGCUACAUAGACAAGCCGCGCAUGGAGAAGCUUAUCGAACACAGCGGGUACCCUUCGGACCACGAGUGGAAGCACAAUGACGGCUUCGCCAUGAGGCUCAUGUUCCCCGUGCAGUACACGAUGGGCAUGUCGCCCAAACACUACGCCAUUGUAGCAGGCUACGUGAAGGUGACGAAAAGGCCAGGCAGGCCCGAAGCCGCGCGCGAUAGGUGUGGGAGGGUCACGCACUACGUUCAAACGGCGGAGCGCGACUGGCUCUCCAACGGCUACGAUCAGCUUGGUGGGCCCGUGGUCAAGUUUUCGGGGUCAAAAGACGAAUAUCCCAUUGAGAACCAAGGUGUAUUUGGCAUGGCUUGGGAUCAAGAAGGCUCCGUAUACAUGCGGUUGUACGUCGUCUGGUCGCCGUUCGGGAAAAUACGCCGCCGUAUCACCUAUGAAGAUGUCGAGCAUUAUGCGGCGAGCUACUGUUCCGCGUACCCCGAGUACGACUAUCUGGCAAACAAUUGUAAAAUGUUUGCAGAAGCCUUGUACAGGUGGAUGAGGGAGACGGCUUGCUGGGGCAACAUAUCGAACAAGGCCUCGCAAUACCGGCCCGGGCUGCCCUCGGCUGACCGACAUGACAUGCCACCUUUUCACGUAUUGUCCUAUUGA